AACAUCAACAAACCAUCAGUCAAGUCGAAUAUUCUUGCAUCGUAAAUGAACCCUUUAAGCUGAAUUCCAGGUGGCUGUUAAUUAACCGAUCAAUAUGAUCGGACCGAAGCAUGGCGGCCUAUGAUGUAUGGCCCGACUCCUAACUUAGCGCUGAGCCCAGCCUAGUGUCCUGGCCUUUUGGUCACGCCCAUUUCAUCUGGCUAUCAUUUUACCCUCCGACCUACCUCCCAUCAUGCUCAGUGCUCACGGCCCCGCCUCCUUAAUCAGGACUAGCCGGAAAUCCCCUUCCCGCAUCCACCCUCGUGUGAGAGCAGGCCAGGGGAUAUGCAUAGGCGUGUUGGCGGCCCUGAUGGCUUUGAGCCCACCCCGGGGCGUCGGAGCCCGUGAAUACGUCCAGGGUAUGUCCAGUCAUUAUUCGCAUUGUCCAUUUCUGGACGGGAUUUACACGUCUGUCAUGCGGCGCAUCUUCAACCCCGGAUUGCACAAGGCCCUGCUCUCCGAGAUUGAGGUCAUGUUGACCACAUCCAUCUUGCCGGAUGUCUGCCAAUUGGUGGUGGAGGAGACCUUACCUUCGGGAAUGUACGUGGACACGGAUGAGCUUCGAGAUUUGGCCGAAGCCAAAGGACUUCGCACCUUUGUGCCGGUGCCUGUGGAUGUCGAGAAGCCCGAGUUUCAAGCUGAUGCCUUUCGUAUGUACGUGUUCCGGGACCUGCAAAUCCAGGAGAACUUGCGCCUAACCCAAGUGGAGGUGCCGGUGCACCUCCGUUAUCACACACCCCGCCCACCCACGCCUGAUGAGGAGCGACGAGGCCUGGCGCCCAGCGCCAUCGUCAAACUUCAGAAUCCUCGUCUGUUCUUGUCCUGUCGUGGUGAUCAUUUGGCCCAACAUUGCCCGGAUCGGACGGUCACGUCCUACUGUGACGCGAGUGGCACCAGCAAAUGCGAAUACCUUCAUCUACCUUAUAAGAUUAAUGUCAACGCAGUCGAAGUGUCCGUGCCCGUGGGCAAUGAAGAUCACGGCUCUACCGUGGUGGGUAUUACCACGUUUAUUGUGAGCGGUGGCACGAUCUAUUUGAUUAUCGCUUUGCUCCGUGCUCCAGAAAUCAAGGUCAAAAUCGACUAAUUAUGGACGACAAUUCUCCCUGCAGGAUAUCCUGUUUUUUUAUAAUAAAAGAAUGGAAUACAAAAGAAUGGUUUGUCAUGUUAGCGCCCAA